CUAGUUACUUUCUGCGCUCGAAGCCAUAAUUCUCACCAACAGCAACCGCACUUCUCAACACACCCUCCCAACACAUCGCCCGCAUACACCCGCCAUCAUGUCUGAGCCGAUCCGCAACAAGAAGCUCGAGAACAUGACCGCGCCGACGCCGCAGAACACGCCUCUGAAUGCGGCCCCGAUCUCGUCGCGCGCACAGCAGCCCGGCGUCGACAGCAUCAAGGAGGGUAAGUUUUCGAUUUCUCCGCGCUGCCCCUCGUCCCCGCCGGCCGUGACGAGCUUGACCGCCAAUUCUAAUUUUCUGCCCACAGAGGACCUUGAGCGUCAAGCCGCCGGCCUCUUCGCCGCAAAUCCCGCCCUCGCUUCCCUUAUGCAGGCAAAGCUCGGCUCCCUCGUCGGCCGGUCAAGUGGUUACAUCGAGUCCCUCCCUGGCUCCGUGCGCCGCCGCGUCGCUGGCUUGAAGGGCAUCCAAAAGGAGCACUCCAAGCUCGAGGCUGAGUUCCAGGAGGAGGUCCUGCAACUGGAGAAGAAGUACUUUGCCAAGUUCACACCGCUGUACCAGUCCCGUGCCAAGAUCAUCAACGGCCAGACCGAGCCCACUGAGGAGCAGGUCACAGUCGGCGAGAAAAAGGACGACGAUGACGAGGAGGACGACGUGCCCGAGGAGGAGGUCAACAAGGAUGAGGGCAAGGAUGUCAAGGGUAUCCCAGAGUUCUGGCUGAGCGCCAUGAAGAACCAGAUCUCGCUUGCCGAGAUGAUCACCGACAGAGAUGAGGGCGCUUUGAAGCAUCUUACCGACAUCCGCAUGGAGUACCUUGACCGCCCAGGCUUCCGUCUGAUUUUUGAGUUUGAGGAGAACGAGUACUUCACCAACAAGACUAUCACUAAGACCUACUUCUAUCAGGAGGAGAACGGCUACGGUGGAGACUUCAUCUAUGACCACGCUGAGGGCGAGAAAGUUGAUUGGAAGGCCGGAAAGGACCUCACCGUCCGCGUCGAGAGCAAGAAGCAGCGUAACAAGAACACAAAGCAGACCCGUGUGGUUAAGAAGACUGUACCAACAGAGUCAUUCUUCAACUUCUUCGAGCCGCCUAGCCCACCGCAGGACGACGACGACGCUUCCUCUGACAUUGAGGAGCGCCUAGAACUUGACUACCAGCUCGGUGAGGACAUCAAGGAGAAGCUCAUCCCCCGUGCCAUCGACUGGUUCACUGGCGAGGCUCUCCAGUAUGAGAACUUGGAGGACUUUGAUGAGGGCGAGUUCGAGGACGAAGAUGAUGAGGACGACGAUGACGACCAGAGCGAUCGGGAUGAGGAUGACGAGUCAGACGAAGAGGACGACGGCACAAAACCCAAGCAAGAGGCUGCCGAGUGCAAACAGAGCUAAACGUUCUGCAUACGGUUCGACCUUCGACGGAUAUCUGACAAUGGCUUCCUCUUUCAACUCAGAUGCCGGCAUCAUGUUACGCCUGGUGGCUACACGGCGGU